GAGUAUCUGGAGCAUCAGCAUUUGUGGGUUCGAUUACAGGCUCAGAUUUAAAUCUCUGUUAGGAACUUGAAAGAGGGGGAGUCUAAAAAUGCAACAACUAGGAUGGGCUGCUAAUAUGACUGGAAUUGUGCCUUUGGCUCUGGACAACGAAAGAAAGUUGAUACGAAAAUCAAUAGAACAGGAGCGAAAUGACAUAUCAGUGGGUCCAAUAGGGAAGUACAUGGAAAUACAUUUGCCAAAUGUACACUACCGUUCAAAAGUUUGGGGUCACUUAGAAAUGUCCUUGUUUUUACGGAAUCACUAUCAGGUGCACUGUUUAGAAUAGUGAUUUACAGCAAAUUGCAUUUAGGCAAAUAUUUGAAAAUGAUGUUUUAUUGGCUGCUUCAUUACAUGAGUUACAUGUUCUGUUAAGAUGCAUUACCAUAAUCUAAGUGUGAUUUCUGUUAUUCUGAGCACCGUGGGUGGAUGCCCUAAUGGGUUACUCACCCAAUGCAUGUGGGUCCGGUAAAUUUCUCAAAUUGCCAGUAAAUUAAAAUAUUCCCGGUCACAUUGUCCGGACUCUCACACCCCUCCCCUCUCUAUCACAGAGUGAGUGCAGCAUUCAGCCUCUCGUUUACACCCUCAUUCACUCACUCCAUCUCAGGCGGUGUGGAAGCUGUGCUGGAUUUUACCACUCAUCCGUUUGCAACGGAAUAGAGUAGGGAGUGAUAGAGAGGGGAAAAGAGAGAGAGGGAGCGGAGAGGAUCGGCCAUGGGGCAGUUGUGUUGCUUUCCCUUCUCCCGAGCGGAGGAGAAGAUCAAUCUUUUUCAGAGCGGGCCUCGGGCUGCUCGGACAAGUGUCAAGAGGGGUCCGGAGCCUGACGAUGAGGAGCUUGUGAGCCUGAGUAAGAGGCUGGUGGAAGACGCCGUGCUGCUAGCCAUGCAGCAGUUCAUGGACGAGACUCAACACAACGGGGCCGCGUCAUCCGACCCGGCGCGGCCCUCAGACAACCUCAACACUAACGCUGUCAAAACAACCGACACCAGUGCCAGCAGCAAGUGACCACAGCUAAUUCCCCCAGGCAGCACUGGACACUAACCAGUCAGGCAGGAACUCAGGCAGUCAGCCAGCCAACCGGCCCAGGAGCCAAUGGGCAGUACUGUUACUGGAUCAAGCCCAGUUGAGGUGUUUUUACUAGAGAAGGAAGAAAGGUUUUGGGGGCAAAACUCUCGAUUGCGUGUGGAAUCCAAAUGCAGAUUUUUUGUGUACUUGAUUUUGUGUACCUGAUUGUCACCAAUGCUCAAGGCAGCCUCGCUCCACACAAUCCCUCCUGUCAUGUCUGUCAGUCCAUCUGUCUAGUGUGGACCUUUGUUCAUUCUUGUUUUAUCUGUGCCCUGGGAGAAAGAGUUGGCCUUCUGAAGGAAAUUUCUGUUCUGAUUAAUAUGCUGCGUGAGGUGUGGGUCGUUCCAAUGCUCAGAGUGGAGCUGACAUGUCACGACACACACUACAGACUGAUCUUGGUUAGGUUAGGCUGUACCUCGGCCCUCUACAAGGUGCAGUCAGUACAAAGACAUUCACCGUCUUUCUACUAAGCUAAAACAAAAUAGCACUACAAAAGGAACUGCAACUCAAAAACCUGAGACCAGGGGAAAUGAGCUCAUCUAUGCAGCUAGACAAUAUGCUGUGAACUAUGUUUACAUGAUCCUGUCUCAUGUGUGCUGUAUGUGGCUAAAACUUGAAAAGGUAAAUGAAGAGUGGGUCCCAUGUGCUACCUGUGGUAAAAUAUGCAAAUUCAAAUAUGACAAAAAGGUUGACCUACCAGAAAUGAAGAUCAUGUUAGGUUCGUGUUUGUUUGUUUGUCCCCUGUAGGAGGGGCUGGUGAUGCAGCAGGCCUGGUUAGGAAGGCCCGGUGCACACACAACCGGUCUCUGUCUCAGAAACUACAGGACAUAAAGGAGCAUCUAUCCCAGCCGGCUGUCCGAGCUAGCAUCCGCUGGGAGAUCUCUGGCACCUGACUGAACACUCCCAGCUCCCACCAGCAGGGCGGAGACAGCACCAAGGAACUACAGAUACUGUAGUAGGCUAGUGUACUACACACAGUAGAUAGAUACAGUGCAUUCGGAAAGUAUUCAGACCCCUUGACUUUUUCCAUAUUUUGUUACGUUACAGCCUUAUUCUAAAAUGGAUUGAAUGUUUUUUUCCCUUCAUCAAUCUACACACAAUACCCCAUAAUGACAAAGCAAAAACUGUUUUUAAAAAGUUUUAGCAAUUUUAUAAAGAAUUAUAAUAACUGAAAUAUCAUAUUACCAUUAGUAUUCAGACCCUUUACUCAGUACUUUGUUGAAGCACCUUUGGUAGCGAUUACAGCAUCGAGUCUUCUUGGGUAUGACGCUACAAGCUUGGCAUGCCUGUAUUUAGGGAGUUUCUCCCAUUCUUCUCUGUAUAUCCUCUCAAGCUCUGUCAGGUUGGAUGGGGAGUGUCGCUGCACAGCUAUUUUCAGGUCUCUCCAGAGAUGUUAGAUCGGGUUCAAG